AUGGACGACAGUUUCCUGCAAUGGAAGAAACAGUGUAUGUCUAAAAUCGACCUGAGCAAGAAGGGCAGUGUCGAUGAAGACAUUUCGGACGUCGUUGCGUUUAUUAACGAUUCUGAGAAUUAUUUCACGACAAGCUCCUGUUCCGGACGAAUAACACUAAUAGAUGGGGUUUCUGCCUGCUCGGAGGUGCAGAAGAAAGACUGCAACUGGCUCUUCGUGACGCACCAGAAGUGCCAAAGCGACGAUGUGGUCGCGAGCCUGGAGAGGGCUCGCGGGGACGCGGCCUUCCGGUUCGAGCCCUUCGUGCUGCACGUGCAGUGCAGGAGGCUGGAGGACGCGCAACUCCUGCACUCUGUGGCAGUAAAUUCUGGCUUCAGAAACUCAGGGAUGACUGUUGGCAAAAAGGGUAAAAUCAUUACGGCUGUGAGGAGCACUCACUGUCUGGAAGUUCCUCUCACGCAUGAAGGACAGCAGCUGGUCAGUGUGGAUUACAUCAGCUUUCUGGUGGAAGUAGCCAAUCAGAAAAUGGAGGAAAACUUCCGACGAAUGAGAAGAUUCUACGACUGCUUACAGUCAGCGAUGUGUGCAGAGCAGCGUCACAGCCUGAAGGUGACAGAUGCGGAGGCGGGAAAGUCUGUGUACAAGCGAAGAAGGAGAAAGGCUGAAGAUCCAGAGGCCGCGUGUCACAGUGACAAAGACGACGCGUCACCGGAGGAGGACGGCGCUCUGGAAGGCGGCAUCCACCUGCUGCUGUAACUUUUAACCAGGAUUUGUCACAUGCAGUCUGAGAAUCCCCCCCCACACACAAACACACACACACAGGGCAUAGUGGGAGUGGGGGGGCUUCCUGCACAGCAGAUGCUCAUCACGGCCUGCAGUUUGUCUGCAUUGGGCGCUGACGGCAUAAGCAAAGCCAAGGCAGCCUGUCUCCACCAAUCAUCCUCCACUUUGCUGUUGUGCUUCAGUAAAUCUGCUUCAGUUUACGCUCGAGUGCGGCAUGGGUCUCGCAGGGGUGCGUGGCUCGGGCUGGGGCGGGUGCGUGGCUCAGGCUGGGGCGGGUGCGUCGUCAGGUUCCAGGUUUCCUUUCCUGUGGAGCCCGUUAGCACGGCUCAUUUAGGGGUCUUGCCUCAUUAGUCUCUGUGUUUCUCAUUUGUAUUAAUUAAAAUCUGCCUGCAGGCUUAUGUGAAUGUGUUUUAAGCUGUAUUAAAGUUUCACAGUUGAUGGUC